AUGUAUGCGCAACGGCCUUUGUCCUAUGCUCCGACGCCUUACAGCUAUACGCCCAAUCCGGCGCUGGCUGCGUCCAUCAACCUCGAUGAGGAAGUAAAGCUAGCUUCUAGCUCGGCGGAGCGCGAUCUUCACGAAUCCCUAGCGGAGAUUUACAGUAUCAUUGUCACUUUGGAUGGCCUUGAGAAGGCUUAUAUCAGAGAUGUGGUCACAGAAUCGGAGUACACAGAGACCUGCACUCGCCUACUGAAGCAGUACAAGUCUAGCUUGGGAGACGAUAUCGUAGCCGGAGAAUUCGUCGACCUCGAGACUUUCAAGCGCAAAUGGGGGCUGGAAUGCCCCCGUGCCACCGAGCGUUUACGAAUCGGGCUCCCCGCCACAGUGGAACAAGCGACUCAUAGUACCCCCGCGGCGAACAUGGCCCCGGCAGCAACAGGCCCGCCAGGCGGCGCUUCUGGCACCUUGAUCCUGACAGCCACCGAGAAUUUUAUAACCUUCCUCGAUGCGCUGAAAUUGAACAUGGUCUCGAAAGAUGCGUUGCACCCUCUGCUCUCCGAAGUGAUCCAGUCCGUCAACAAGGUGACCGACGCGGACUUUGAGAACCGGGGCAAGAUCAUCCAGUGGCUGAUCACAUUGAAUCAAAUGCGAGCGACUGAGGAGCUCAGUGAAGAGCAGGCCAGAGAACUGUCCUUUGAUAUCGAGCAAGCGUACAUGGGGUUCAAGUCGACUUUAGGCUGA